UCUCUACGCAUUUUUCUCUCUCCACAAAUGGCGAAGGAGGUGUCGGACGGUGGCGCCAAGGACUACCACGAUCCGCCUCCUGCCCCGCUGAUGGACGCGGAGGAGCUCACCAAAUGGUCUUUCUACAGAGCUCUAAUCGCCGAGUUCAUCGCAACUCUGCUCUUCCUCUACAUCACUGUGCUCACUGUCAUCGCCUACAAAAGCCAGUCCGCGACCGACCAGUGCGGCGGGGUCGGCAUUCUCGGCAUCGCAUGGGCCUUCGGUGGCAUGAUUUUCAUCCUCGUCUACUGCACCGCCGGAAUCUCCGGGGGUCACAUUAACCCGGCUGUGACAUUCGGGCUUCUGUUGGCCCGAAAAGUGUCGUUGGUUCGGGCCGUGAUGUACAUGGUGGCUCAAUGUUUGGGUGCAAUUUGUGGAGUGGGGCUGGUCAAGGCCUUCCAAAGCUCCUACUACAAGAAGCACGGCGGCGGUGCCAACGAGCUCAGCCUCGGAUACACCACCGGAGUGGGGCUCGGAGCCGAGAUCAUCGGCACCUUCGUUCUCGUCUACACCGUCUUCUCCGCCACCGAUCCCAAGAGAAGCGCUAGAGACUCACAUAUUCCGGUGUUGGCGCCUCUUCCAAUUGGAUUUGCAGUGUUCAUGGUGCAUCUCGCCACGAUCCCGAUCACCGGCACCGGCAUCAACCCGGCUAGAAGUCUAGGAGCUGCAGUGAUUUACAAUCAGGACAAGGCUUGGGAUGAUCAAUGGAUAUUUUGGGUGGGACCCUUUAUUGGUGCAGCCAUUGCAGCAUUCUACCAUCAAUUCAUAUUGAGGGCAGGAGCAGCUAAGGCCCUUGGCUCAUUCAGGAGCAAUGCUUCCCACCAUGUUUGAUUUUCUAUGAUGAAUUUCUCACCAAAAAAGAAAGUGAUAAUUGUGUAAUCUUUUUUAUUUUAUCGGGCAGCAAAUGGAACAAGAAAAAUAUUUUAUCGUUUUCAUGUGAAUUUAUGCUAGUUUUGAGUUACUCA